AUCAUGGAUAUUAUCAACUUGAUAAUCAGUCUGCAAGCAAUGACAUACAUACAUAUAUAAUGGAAUAUAUUCAAAGGAACAGCUGCGCAGACAUACCUUAUGUAAUUCACGAUUUGGGUUAGCUACUUCAGUCUACAAUCAAAAAAAUGGGGACUUUCGCGUGCCGUCGUUUGGCUUCUGCCCGGCACCAAUCAGCCCAGAGCCGGAAUCAGCCGGAGUGCGCGUACUCAUGCCACCAGAGACCGAGUGGAGGAGCGACCCAAGAACCAGACCCCGAGCCAGACAGCCCGUCGUAGCAGACGCUUAGGCAGUGCCAACAGAGGCAACAGAGGCCGAGGCCGAGGCAACUGAUGUUUUGUUAAAUGAGUUUUUAAAUAGCAUUUUCGCCUGCUAGCCGAAUGCAGUCAAGUGCCACUGCGAAAUCCAGACGCCGAAAACCCACCUAAAACUAAAACUCAACUUGAAUUAACUUAACUAAACUGAACGUAAGACAAACCAAACAAAGCAAGGCGUAGCUAAACCAGAAGCUGAAUACAAAACCAAAACUAAGGCAGUUGCUGUCAAAACUUUUUUCGGCCAUAAAACUUGCAGAAGACGCUCAGAAGGCGGCCAGCAGAAUGAACGACAGUCGACGCAACACGGCAACGGAAUUCAGUUACAUACUGCAACGGCAGGGCAGCGAUGUGUCCGCAGCUGAGGCUUAUGCAUUCGACGACUUCAACAAUUUAAUGAAGAGCGACCAUCAGACACAUCAGCAACAGGGCCAGCAACAGCAACAGCAACAACAACAACAGCAGCAGCAGCAGCAACGCCAGCUUCAAUCCUCGCAACAACAGCAACAACAACAACAACAACAACGAGGGGAUGGGCUAUCGGGCGACACGUUGUCCUCAUUACCACAAGCAUCGUUCAACUAUAUCAACUCCAUCGUGGGCAGCGGCGUCAUUGGCAUACCCUAUGCCCUGCACCGCGCCGGCUUCGGUCUGGGCCUGGCGCUGCUCAUCCUGGUCGCCUACAUAACCGACUAUUCGCUCAUUUUGAUGGUUCGAUGCGGUCACAUCUGCGGCAGAUUCAGCUACCCGGGCAUCAUGGAGGCUGCCUAUGGCAAAUACGGCUACUAUUUGCUAUCGCUGCUGCAAUUCAUGUAUCCCUUUCUGGCCAUGAUAUCGUACAAUGUUGUCGUGGGCGAUACCUUGUCUAAAGUUCUGGUACGCUUCUUUCCCUCGUGGGGCGAUUCCAUGGGCGCGGUUCGAUUGGGCGUCGUCUUUUUUGUCACAGUCGGCGUUGUCGUCCCUUUGUGCCUCUAUAAGAACGUCUCCCGUCUGGCGCGCGCCAGUUUCAUUAGUCUGGCUUGCGUGGUCUUCAUAUUGUUUGCCGUCAUCAUAAAGCUUAUUUCCGGCGACUAUAAAGUCACGGAUACGGCCGACUCUUGGCGCUUCGCGAACUCGGAUCUAAUACCCGCCACGGGCAUUAUGGUGUUUGCUUUCAUGUGUCAUCACAACACGUUUCUCGUUUAUCAAUCGAUGCGCGAGGCGACCAUGGAACGCUGGGAGAAGGUCACCCACAUCUCGAUUGGAUUUGCCUGGACUGUGGCGGCGCUCUUCGGCAUUGCGGGCUACUCAACAUUCCGCGCCCUCUCACAGGGCGAUUUGCUGGAGAACUAUUGCUGGGAUGAUGACUUAAUGAAUUUCUCGCGUGUGCUCUUCUCCAUAUCCAUAUUGCUGACAUUUCCCAUCGAGUGCUUCGUUUCACGUGAGAUUGUGCGCGCUCUGGUGCAUCGGUUUGUGCUGAAGGAGCCCAUCAGCGAGUUUACCCAGGACAAGGAUCCCAGCUUGGAGAAGGGCGCCGAAAUCGAUGAGUAUUCGAAAGCGAUUACCUUGGCCAUUGUGUUCAGCGCCUUCAUAAUAUCGCCCAUGACCGACUGCCUGGGCUCCGUCUUGGAAUUGAAUGGUCUGCUGGCAGCCAUACCCCUGGCCUAUAUACUGCCCGGCCUGGCCUACAUACAAAUGGAACCGCAUGCCCUCUUCAGCCGGGAGAAGCUGCCCGCCCUGGGCCUGGUUGUAUUUGGCGCGGUGGUUACCAUACUGGGCGCUGCGGUCCUCCUGCCAGGUCUAAUGGGCGACGAUUGCCGUUCGGAUAUUGUGAUGGGCUAUUGCCGGCAGGAGUUCCAGAAUGCCACCACCACCGCACAGGUGGUGCUCAAUUGAGUCCGGCAACGGCAACAGCAGGAAGAGGCAGCAGCAGCUAAGCCAAAAGUCAUUAGUUAAGUCAUAAGCAUUGGCAAUACAUUUGCAUUGAUGUGGGUUUUACGGGUUGUGGAUUCUAGAUUGCAGAUUACGGUUUGCAGAUUGCGGAUUGCGGCUGGGGUUUACAUUUUAUUUAUUCAUUUAUUUCUUUUACUGGGCUUAGCUUUUGUACUCUUGCAGAUUUGUAUUAAUGUGAUUUUAUGGCAGAGUACGUAAGGCAUUUAUAUUCAUUUAUAUUCGUUCAUAUUCAUAAAGUCCAUUCUAAGUCUGUCCGUCUGUUUGUGCGCGGCCAAAUGUUGAUUAUUCUUGAUAAACUUUUUUUUAUAAGUAUAUAUAUUUAUAUAUCUAUACAAAACUCAACCAAGACUUUGUUUUAUCAUGCUUCACACUAUAUUCCCUUUAA